AUGUCAGUGCUUAUCCGAGCACAACCCAAAGCAGCGGUGUAUGUGGCGGCGACACGUCAACACGUGGGGAAGACCAGCACGUGUGUGGGUCUGCUACAGGGUCUGACUUCUCGUCUGGACCGCAUCGGCUUCCUCAAGCCCGUGGGGCAGGAGAGCGUCGCCGUCGAGGGCGGCUCUCUGCGAGUCGAUAAAGACGUCGCUGUGGCAAAAGAGGUGUUCAAGCUCGAUACUUGCAAUUACGCGGACAUGUCCCCCGUUGUAAUAAUGCCUGGAUACACCAAGCGCUUCCUGGAUGGACAUAUAACAGUGGAAAGCCAACUGGACAAGAUCCGGACAAGUUUUAAGCGCAUUACGGAAGCUAACGAGUUCACUGUAGUGGAAGGCACAGGACACACGGGGGUUGGCUCUAUCGUGGAGUGCAACAACGCUCGAAUUGCUGCCGAGUUGGGCGUGGACAUGGUGCUAGUGGCCAAUGGCGGACUGGGCUCAGCAUUUGACGACCUGGCACUUAAUUAUUCCAUGUGCAAAGCUCACAAUGUGAGGAUUCGCGGCGUUAUUUUGAAUAAAGUGCGAGAAGACCGAGUGGAAAUGCUACGAGAGUACUUCCCGAAGGCCAUGAAGCAUUGGGGAGCCAACGUGCCGUUGAUUGGCGUUGUACCGAACUUACCAUUGCUGUCGAACCCGAGCAUGCUGGACUUUGAAGGACUAUUCGGGACUCAAAUGCUGACGUCUCGCUCGCGGCGCUUUCAGCAGUAUAGCAAGACUACGCUCGUGACGGCUGGACUUAGACGCUUUUUGGCAAAGUUGAGCGAGCCAGAGUUCGACCACACGUUGUUCGUCACUCACGUGUCUCGCAACGACAUCAUCUUGGGCUUCCUCUCUCACGCGCAGAACUUCGAACUCACAAUGAAGAGGCCGUAUGGGGGAGGACUCAUACUUACUGGAUCGCCGUCUGAUGAUAAUCCGCAGGAUUACAUCACGAAUAUCAUCAAGAAUGCACAAGUUCCUGUGCUCUAUGUGCCCAUGACGACGUUCGCGGCCAUGGAGAAGAUAACGCAUUUUACCGCAAAGUUUAACCCGACUGAUGAACACAAGGUGCACGCGUGUGGUGAACACUAUGCCAGCCACAUCGAUUUCGACGCCAUUCUCGCAAGAUAG